UAUACCCCAGGAUGUGCUGCGCCACAAGCUGAUGGUAGAAACACUGUUUGCUCAGCUAAGAUUGUGGAGCCUGACUCGAACUGAAACCUCCUUCGUAUUGGGGAGGGGGUGGUGAUCGGUCUUGGUGGCGUUCAAUGGUAAAGGUAUGCCGGUCAACCUGCGCAUCCUGGCCGUGUGCUUACUGCUCCGGCUCCACACUGCAGGGUGCUUACCGGAAGAUCAUGAACACUUUGAGACAAGAGGUCGCAAAAUGCCAUUUAGUGGUGGAAAACCAGCAUUUAUCUAUCACCAAAUACAAAGCAUUGAUAAAAGUGUGGACUUAACUGGUGUAGAAAUGCAAAGAAGCAGAUUCAGUGAGCCAUUGCUCAGCAAGUACAUAGACCGAGGCAGACCCCACCCUGCUAUGAUUGUCAAAUCCACUUUGCCAAGAGUCUCAAGUGAUCGAAGCACUCACUCUGUCACAAACGAUGACCAGUGGUCAGAAAUUGAAAACCUGCCUAUUCCAGAAGAAGACUUGGUAUCAGUGGCAAUGCAAAUGGAUGUAAAAAGAAUGAAUGUUACUUUACUUCGGAUAUUCCGUGAAGGAAUUGCUGCUGCUUUGGGACUUUUGCCACAGCAAGUUCAUAUUAAUCACCUUGAUGAAAAGAAAAACUGCAUUGAAUUUUAUAUCUCGCCAAUAAAACGUGAACGUGGCUUAUUACAUCCAAUACCUUCUGAAGAAGUGAUACAAUCACUCAAUGUAAACAUGAUGCACCAAAGUCUCUCUGAAUUUGGUAUCACGCAGGUUAUCCCUGAGAAAAAUGCUUUGCGUGGAGAACACAGAAGAGAUGGGCUGUGGAACAAGGAAGGUGUCUACACUGUUGUCAUUUUCCUCACUGCCUUUGUUAUUAUCAUUACGUGUUUGAUGUUCCUGUACAGGUUGAAGGAGAAACUUAAAUUUCAAAUCGACCAGGAUAAGCAACAGCAUCAACAGGUCAAUCUUGCUUCCAUUCCCGUGCAGCAGCCACAAGCAGACAUUAAGGUUGCUAACAUCAUGGUGCAGCCCCUACCCCACUUUGGUGCCGUGAUCGUCAAUAUUGAUCCGCAGGGUCGGCCCGCACCAGAGAUCAAACCAUGCGUGGCAUCGGCCCCCUCUCCAUUCAAAAUGAAGCCGGCCUGCCUUCAGGAAAGGCGAGGCUCAAACGUAUCACUUACGUUGGAUAUGAGUACCUUGGGAAACGUUGAAACAUGCAGUAUUGCACCCACACCCCGUGAGAAAAUAUUCCUGGAGUAUCUACAAACUGCCAGCCAUGUGUUAACUAGAAUGCAACUGAAAGAAAUAGUCGCAAGUGCCCACUCCUUUCAAGCUGAAUUCAUGGAAAUUCCCAUGAAUUUUGUGAAUCCCAAGGAGCUGAGUAUCCCAUGUCAUGGAACUAAGAAUAGAUAUAAAACUAUUUUGCCAAAUCCACACAGCAGAGUGUGCCUGAUACCAAAGACUCAAGAGGAGCCCAUUAGCAGUACCUACAUUAAUGCCAACUACAUCCGGGGUUAUGGUGGCCAACAGAAGGCCUAUAUUGCAACCCAAGGGCCUAUGAUCAAUACAGUGAAUGACUUCUGGCGGAUGGUUUGGCAAGAGGAUUGCCCUGUGAUUGUCAUGAUAACCAAACUGAAAGAAAAAAAUGAGAAAUGUGUUUUGUAUUGGCCAGAGAAGCGUGGAAUAUAUGGCCAAGUUGAAGUUCUUGUGAACAGCAUUACUGAACGUGAGCAUUACGUCAUCCGCGAUCUUACUCUUAAGCAUGAAGGCAGAUUUCAAAACAUAAAGCACUUCUGGUACAAAUCCUGGCCUGACCACAAGACGCCCGACAGUGCUCAGCCGCUGCUGCAGCUCAUGCUAAAGGUGGAGGAGAGCAGACAGAAUUCACCUGGCCGAGGACCCAUAGCGGUGCACUGCAGUGCUGGGAUAGGAAGGACUGGCUGCUUUAUUGCCUUCACCAUUGGAUGCCAUCAGCUCAAAAAUGAAGGAGUGGUCGAUAUCCUGAGCAUUGUUUGCCAGCUGCGAGUAGACAGGGGAGGAAUGAUCCAGACCAGUGAACAGUACGGAUUUGUACAUCAUGCUCUGAGUCUGUACAAAAAUCAAGUCUCACCUGACACAAGCCAGUGAAUCUGUCACAUGGUACAUUUCAUCCAGAGCAACCUUUAAUGCUGACUCGCAUGUGAGUAAGCAGGUAAAGCAUAUUUACGAGCUAGAAAACCCAGAAGUGGAACCACCUUGUCAAUUGUUUGGCACUCACAGAAGUAAUGAAGCUAAAUACAGGAUGGAGUUUGCCAGAUUGCGCAAAGAUAUCUAAAUGAAUGUGGUAUAUAACUGAAAUUCUGUUAUAGGAAACUGACAAAAGUCAUGUGGCAUAUUGUUUGUGUCUAAUAAGGUUCUUCAUGUUACAUUAAAUUCAACAAUUAUUACAGAAUCUGUGGUCUAUGAACCUACAUUGGAAUAGCAGUGCUGGUUGAAAUUGUUUGUGGGAGACAAGGGUUAGAAGUAAAAUUGCCAGCCAUGUAUCAAAUAUUUCUGUAUUCCAAACUGACAGAGCUGUUAAUGUGAUUCAUUAAUAUGUACCAUGUGAAAAGUGCUAUUACAUAAUGUGGUGGAUUCUUUUUUGUUUUGCCACAAACCUGUAGUUGGCUUGCUGCCGAAAACACACAAGUGUUUACUUCAUGAAUUAACAAAAAACUGUCAAAUUCAGAACCUUUUAAUAAUCCAUAAAUGUUUUGUAUGUAAUGUGAUAUGGUGUUAAAUUGUAUGCACAUUGAUAAUGCAAACUAGCAGUCAAAUUGCACAAUGUUAAUCCAGUCAUUCCAUGUAUUCUUAUGUUCAUGAAUUUGUAUUUUAUUGAGACUGUCUUACUGUAAGAGCUUUCUAGAUAUUAAGCAAACCUGUGAUUAACACUCAGCAUUGUUUGCUCUCUUGUCCUCUCUCCGGGCAUAUAUAUUAUAGUUAGAUAUAAUACAGUAUAUGGAGAUAUACAAAUCUUUAAAUAAAUUGAAUAUCGUGAAAUUGUGUCAAUUUGUGUUCCUCUUGGGAUAGAAGUGUACACUGUAAAUCUGUGAGAAUAUAUAUACAGUAUAUAUAAAUAUAUAGCAACAUAAUAAUGGAAAACCAAAACUAUGAAGCAUUGAUGUUGUUUAAACUGUAUGCGACUAUUUGGCAUUUGUUCCAGUUGAUGAAAUGUUUUAAAUUCCUUUUUGUCAGUGCAGGAAAUUGUUUACAUGAAUAAGUUUUUUACAGAAAUCAGUGCAGAAUCUGCACUGGAUUACUCCUGUUUUUAUUCACGUCUGUUAAUUUGUGUGUAUAUUGACAAUAAA